GGGCAGGGUUGAGGCAGGGAGUCCCGGCGGAGGCUGCUCGCCGGCUCACUCGCUCACUCGGUCCCAGCCCCGUCGGUCGACAUGAAGGAGACGCUGUUCAAGGACAACUUCUGGAGUUCAGACUUGCUGAGCACGACAGGCUAUGAUUGCAUCAUUCAGCACCUGAACGAUGGCCGGAAGAACUGCAAAGAAUUUGAAGAUUUUUUGAAAGAAAGGGCAAUCAUUGAAGAGAAAUACGGCAAGGAUCUGAUCAACCUUUCCAAGAAGAAGCCCUGUGGACAAAGUGAGACCCAUACCCUGAAGAGGGCUCUAGAAGUCUUCAAGCUGCAGAUCGACAAUGUGGGGCAAGGUCACAUCCAACUGGCACAGACCCUGAGGGACGAGGCCAGAAAAAUGGAGGAAUUCAGGGAAAAGCAAAAGAUACAGCGGAAAAAGAUAGAAGUUUUAAUGGACAGCAUACAUAAACAGAGAAGCCUACAGUUUAAGAAAACCUUGGACGCCAAGAAAGCCUAUGAACAGAGGUGUAAAGACAAGGAUGAAGCCGAACAGGCCGUACAUCGGAAUGCUAACACAGUAACUCCAAAGCAGCAGGAAAAGCUUUUUGUGAAGUUGGCCACCUCAAAGACGGCUGCGGAGGAUUCUGACAAAGCGUACUUACUUCACAUCAACUUGCUGGAUAAGAUCAGAGAAGACUGGCAAAGUGAACACAUCAAAGCUUGUGAGUUCUGUGAGGCUCAAGAAAAUGAACGAAUUCAUUUCUUCCGGAAUUCUCUGUGGCUGCACAUGAACCAACUCUCACAGCAGUGUGUCACAAGCGAUGAGUUGUACGAAGAAGUCCGGAAGAGUUUAGAAAUGUGCAGCAUCGAGAAGGACAUUGAGUAUUUUGUCAAUUGCCGCAAAACCGGACAAGUUCCACCAGCUCCCGUCCUUUAUGAGAAUUACUACAACUCACAGAAAAAUGCAAACCCAGGGAAGGCUCAAGGACCCAGUGUGGCAAGAAGAGGACCUCUUCCAGUUCCUUCAAAUCUACCAUGUGACCCUGAUUACUCUUCAGUUGAUGAAUACAAAGUGAUACAAUAUUAGCACCCACAACAGAAGACUUCAGGCCUAACGCUCCAGCUGAAGAGAAGGAAUUCUCGAAAGCAGCAGGUUGGUGGCCAUUCGGAAGCCCAUCUCUGUCAGCUUUGAAGACGUGGGAGUGAACCGUUUUUAUUCAUUUGUUCAUUCAAACAUAUUUAUUGAGCGCUUACUGUGUGCAGAGCACUCUACUAAGCACCAAGAAAGUACACUCUUAAUAUUUCAGACUGAUGGAAGAUAGUCUGCAUUUAACAUGACGACCAGUUAAAGAAUCCUUCUUGACUCUAACCUUGUCGUACGCAGGGAAGGUGUCCACCUACUCUGUUUUACUGUACUCUCCCGAGUGCUUAGUACCAUGCUCUGCACCUAGCAAACACCUCAUUAAACACCACUGUUGGAUCGAUAAUCUGCAUUUAACAUGGCGGCGGGUUGAAGAAUCCCUCUGGUAAGCUCCUUGUGGGCGAGGAAUGUGUCUACUAACUCUGUUGUCUUCUCCCACGCACUUAGCACAGUGCUCUGCCCACAGUAAGCACUCAAUAAAUACCAUUCAUUGAUCGCUUUCACCCAAAUGUUCCAGUGAGAAGAUAGUCCUUUUUCCAGACAACUGCUGUGAUUUUGGAAGAUUUUCUGACUACUCUGUAGGAAACAAAAACCUUGCAAUCUUGGGUGAUGGAAACGUCUGCAGGAUGUUUCGUAUAGUUUAUGUCAAAAGCCGAUCCUUGUUGCCCGAUAGAAUUCUGCUAUAGUCAGGGGGCUGCACAGCGUGUGAUCUCAAACGCAGAGAACCUCACCGAGCUACUGAUGCUAGUGAGUCUCUUAGGCUGAGCCGGUAAAGGUUGUACGGCCUAGUGAAAUCAGCAAAGGCUCGGGAGUCGAGAGAUCUGGGUUCUAGUCCCUGCUCUGCCACUUGUCUGGUGGGUGUGACCUUGGGCAAGUCACUUAACUUCUCCUAACAAUUUCCUGUCCUCUGAAAUGGAGAUAAAAUACCCACGUUCCCUCCUCCUGAGACUGCAAGCUCUAUGUGGGAUAGGACUGUGUCUGAUUGGAUUCUCCUGUUUCUACUCCAUUGCUCAGCACAGUGCGUAGCACGUAGUAUUUAAUAAGUACCAUUAUUCCAAUAAAUAAAUAUUUUCUUGAGAAGCAGCAGGGCCUAGUGGGAAGAGCAUG